CGGGCCACCGCGAGCACAGAGGAGACAAAGCCGCGUCCGGGGACCGGCCGGUGGGGGGGGGGGGGCGCGGUUCGGUGGCGCCCCUGCACUGCGGGGGGCACCCGCGCGCCCCCGCCUUUCAACAGGUCCGCCGCCUCGCUGGCGGCCUCGCCCUCCGCUCCGCUCUGCUCCUGGGUGCCCGCGACCCCCGGAGCGCCUCCGCUUUGCCGGGGCUGCAAUCUGGCCACCCGCUUCGAUGCGGUUCGGGUCCAAAAUGAUGCCGAUGUUUCUGACAGUGUACCUUAGUAACAAUGAGCAGCACUUCACAGAAGUUCCAGUUACUCCAGAGACGAUAUGCAGAGAUGUGGUGGAUCUGUGCAAAGAGCCUGGCGAGAGCGACUGCCAUUUGGCUGAAGUGUGGUGUGGCUCCGAACGUCCAGUUGCUGAUAAUGAGAGAAUGUUUGAUGUUCUUCAACGAUUUGGAAGUCAGAGAAGUGAAGUUCGUUUCUUCCUUCGUCACGAACGCCACCCUGGCAGGGACGUGGUGAGCGGACCAAGAUCUCAGGAUCCAAGUCUGAAAAGAAAUGGUGUAAAAAUUCCUGCUGAACAUCGAAGAAAGGAGAAUGGCGUUCAUAGUCCUAGAAUGGACCUGACUCUUGCUGAACUUCAAGAAAUGGCAUCUCGACAGCAGCAACAGAUUGAGGCUCAGCAACAAAUGCUGGCUACGAAGGAACAGCGCUUGAAGUUUUUAAAACAACAAGAUCAGCGUCAACAGCAACAAGCUGCGGAGCAGGAGAAACUAAAGAGGCUAAAAGAAAUAGCUGAGAGUCAGGAAGCCAAGCUAAAAAAAGUGAGAGCACUUAAAGGCCACGUGGAACAGAAGAGGCUAAGCAAUGGGAAACUUGUGGAGGAAAUUGAACAAAUGAACAGUCUGUUCCAGCAAAAACAGAGGGAACUCGUUCUAGCAGUGUCAAAAGUAGAGGAACUUACAAGGCAGCUGGAGAUGCUCAAGAGUGGCAGGAUUGACGGCCACCAUGACAACCAGUCAGCUGUGGCUGAGCUGGAUCGCCUCUACAAGGAACUGCAGUUAAGGAACAAAUUGAAUCAAGAGCAGAAUGCCAAGCUGCAACAACAGAGGGAGUGUUUGAAUAAGCGCAACUCAGAAGUGGCAGUCAUGGAUAAGCGUGUUAAUGAGCUGAGGGACCGGCUGUGGAAGAAGAAGGCAGCACUGCAGCAGAAAGAAAAUCUACCAGUUUCAUCUGACGGAAAUCUUCCUCAGCAAGCGGUGUCAGCCCCGAGUCGAGUGGCUGCAGUAGGUCCAUACAUCCAGUCCUCUACCAUGCCACGGAUGCCCUCAAGGCCUGAACUGCUUGUGAAGCCAGCCCUUCCUGAUGGUUCCUUGGCCAUGCAGGCUUCAGAGGGGCCAAUGAAGAUACAGACGCUGCCCAAUAUGAGAUCUGGGACCUCGUCACAAACUAAAGGCUCUAAAAUCCAUUCAGCUGGCCCUGAUUGGAGCCCUUCAAAUGCAGAUCUUUUCCUGAGCCAAGGCUCUUCUGUACCUCAAAGUGCUGGGAAUGCCCUGGACCAAGCUGAUGAUGGGGAAGUUCCACUGAGGGAAAAAGAGAAGAAAGUGCGUCCUUUCUCAAUGUUUGACACAGUGGACCAGUGUGCUGCCCCACCCCCCUUUGGCACACUGAGGAAAAACCAGAGCAGUGAAGAUAUCUUGUGGGAUGCUCAGACUGCAAAUAAAAAUGCGGUGAAAGUACCACCUCCUGUUCCUACAAAACCAAAACAGAUCAAUUUGCCUUAUUUUGGACAAACCAAUCAAUCACCUUCUGACAUUAAGCCAGAUGGAAAUCCUCAACAAUUGCCAACAGCUGUUACAUCCAUGGGGAGUAAACCCAAACCAGCAGGGCAGCAGCCAAGGGUGCUGCUGUCUCCCAACGUACCUUCAAUUGGCCAAGAUCAAACCCUUUCUCCAGGAUCUAAGCAAGAAAGUCCACCUGCUGCAGCCGUCCGGCCCUUCACUCCCCAGCCUUCCAAAGAUACCCUUCUUCCAGCCUUCAGAAAACCUCAGACUGUGGCAGCCAGCUCUAUAUAUUCCAUGUAUACACAGCAUCAGGCUCCAGGAAAAAACUUCCAACAGGCUGUGCAGAGUGCACUGACCAAGACGCAUACCAGAGGCCCACACUUUGCAAGUGUAUAUGGCAAGCCUGUGAUUGCCACUGCCCAAAAUCCACAGCAGCAUCCAGAGAACAUUUAUUCCAACAGCCAGGGCAAGCCUGGCAGUCCUGAACCUGAAACAGAACCUGUUUCUUCAGUUCAGGAGAACCAUGAAAAUGAAAGAAUUCCUCGACCACUCAGCCCAACCAAAUUACUGCCUUUCUUAUCUAAUCCUUACCGAAACCAGAGUGAUGCUGACUUAGAAGCCCUACGAAAGAAACUGUCUAAUGCACCCAGACCACUAAAGAAACGCAGCUCUAUUACAGAGCCAGAGGGUCCUAAUGGACCAAAUAUUCAGAAACUUUUGUAUCAGAGGACCACAAUAGCUGCAAUGGAGACCAUCUCUGUCCCAUCAUACCCAUCUAAAUCAUCCACCUCAGUGACUGCCGGCUCAGAAAGCCCCACAGAAAUUCCGAAUCCAUAUUUACAUGUGGAACCAGAGAAGGAGGUGGUCUCUUUGGUUCCUGAGGCAUUAUCCCCAGAUGAUGUGGGGAGUGCUAAUACAGAGAACAGUGACAUGCCAUCUCCUUCCCCUGCCCUUGAUUAUGUGCCUGAAGGAGUCACAGACAGCAGCCCAAAUCUCCAGAAUAAUGCGGAGGAACCAAACCCAGAGGCUCCCCAUCUGCUUGAAGUGUAUCUGGAGGAGUACCCCCCAUACCCACCUCCGCCCUACCCAUCUGGGGAGCCCGAAGGGCCUGGAGAAGACUCUGUGAGCAUGCGCCCACCUGAGAUCACUGGGCAGGUCUCUCUGCCUCCUGGCAAAAGGACAAACUUACGUAAAACUGGCUCAGAGAGGAUUGCUCAUGGAAUGAGGGUGAAAUUCAACCCUCUUGCUUUACUCCUAGAUUCAUCUUUGGAGGGAGAGUUUGACCUUGUACAGAGAAUUAUUUAUGAGGUUGAUGACCCUAGCCUGCCCAAUGAUGAAGGCAUCACAGCUCUCCACAAUGCUGUAUGUGCAGGCCACACAGAAAUCGUUAAGUUCCUGGUACAGUUUGGUGUAAAUGUAAAUGCUGCUGAUAGUGAUGGAUGGACUCCAUUGCAUUGUGCUGCCUCAUGUAACAAUGUUCAGGUGUGUAAGUUUUUGGUGGAGUCAGGAGCAGCUGUGUUCGCCAUGACCUACAGUGACAUGCAGACUGCCGCAGAUAAGUGUGAGGAGAUGGAGGAGGGCUACACACAGUGCUCUCAGUUUCUUUAUGGAGUUCAGGAGAAAAUGGGCAUAAUGAAUAAAGGAGUCAUUUAUGCACUUUGGGAUUAUGAGCCUCAGAAUGAUGAUGAACUGCCCAUGAAAGAAGGAGACUGCAUGACCAUCAUCCGUAGGGAGGACGAAGAUGAAAUUGAAUGGUGGUGGGCACGCCUUAAUGAUAAGGAGGGAUACGUUCCACGCAACUUGCUAGGACUGUACCCGAGAAUUAAACCAAGACAAAGGAGCUUGGCCUGAAACUUAACAGAAUUUUAGUUAAUGAAGAAUUAGUCUUAAUUAUCACCAAGAAGAAAUAAUACAGCUGUUUUUGGCAGAAAUUUUACAAGACUUAUUUUAAUGACAAUGUAGCUUGAAAGCAAUGAAGAAUGUGCUCUGGAAGAAAAUGAAGGAUUGAAGAAUUCACUGCUAGUGGGGGACACUCAUCAUGAGGAAAUGGAGCUUCUAAGUCAGCAGACCAUACUGUGCUGGGCCCAGCUGUUCCACGGAACAUUCAGGAAGACACAGUGACAAUCUCGUUUUCUGCAAGAAAGAGGACCAUUCCUUGAGCUUUUGUGAAAUCGGCUUCCUGUCCAGUUUAGUGGGCAUUUUUGGCACUGUUCUGUACCAGUCCUCCUCCCAGAAGGACCAGUGCCAUCACGGCACCAUCCCCAGUCCUCUAGCACCAGCAGGCCUCGGACUCGUGUGGGGGCUUGAAUGUGCUGUACACUUGUAUAUUGUCAGCAAAGAACUGCUGGUUGUUUGUCAGUGAGCAAUAACUAUUAUAUAUGAGUUCUUCUAGCAUCUUAAGAAUUAUACAUGGAUUUUAAAUAUUGAAACUAAACUACGCUACCUAAUCUAAAUUAGAUUUAGAAUCUUGUUUUUAGGCUGAAUAUGAGUCUAUAUUUAUUGUCUUUUGUACCUUGGAGUUGGUAUAGACUUACCCAUAGUAUUUGUCUAGAUCAUAGCUAACUUUAAAAACAUUGUAAUAAAAUUAAACUUUUUGACUCUAA